AUGAACAAGAUCCGAAAGUUUUUCCGAGGAAGUGGGCGAGUCCUGGCAUUUAUAUUUGUAGCUUCUGUCAUCUGGCUGCUCUUUGAUAUGGCAGCUCUCCGCCUCUCAUUCAGCGAGAUCAACACUCGUGUCCUCAAGGAAGACGUCAGGAGGGAGCGGAUAGGAUUCAGAGUUCAGCCAGACCAAAUGAAAAUCUUUUACAGCAGCGUAAAAGAGACAAAACUCCCCCUGAGGGGGAAUAGGAAGGGGAAGUUGGGCAAAGAGAACUUUAGAAAGACUAAGGAGAGUGUGCACAAAGUUGAGGAUGAUUUGGACCAAACCCAGGAAGAAAGAAAAGAGCAGAAUGCCCUGGAAAGGGGCAAGGCUGUGCCUUUGUGGCAUCCUGCACAUCUGCAGACCCUCCCAAUAACUCCUACCAAGCAGAAGACAGAGGGGACAGAUAUCAAACACAAAACCUCUUCUCACCAUGUGAGACCAAAGCAAACAACAGCUAAGGGGACUCAGAAAAUCCCAUUCAGAGCAGAAAGAGGAACUUCAUUGGUCAAAAUAUCUGUACACACAGGACCUGUCGGUGCAAACCAGGAGGUCCUGAAAAGUCACACUCUCAGCGGUGACACAUCAAAACAAGCAGUUGAAAGGGACAUGAAUGUGACUGUCAAUUUUAAUAAAGACAGACCAAAGCAGCAAUCACAGACAGUGGCAAAUGAGAGGACAUUCCCUGCCAGCCCCCCAGUGACAAAAUCUGGGGAAAAUUUAGUCUUAAAUAAAACUGUGAUUCACAGCAAAGAACCGAAUGCAAAUAAACACAAAGUCAAUAAGAGUCUUCCCUUCUCCAAGUUCACUGUCAACUCCAAUCGAUUAAAGAAGCAAUCUAUUAAUGAGACACAGGUGGAAGGCCUCCCAAAGGAUAAUGGAGAUAAACUGGCUCUUGGGAAGAAACUCAAUUUCUCUGAAAGCCAUGUUGUGAUUAUAACCAAGGAAGAGGAGCUAAAGACAGACACCAAAGAGGUCACCAAUCCUAAAACCAAAACUCUGUUUCCUAAAGCAAUGAGUGAAAGCCAAGAGAAACAUAUUUCCAGGAAUAGAAGUGAGGCUUCUUUCUCCUCACUUGCUCUACAGAGAGCACCAAUGUCUCAAACCAACCAAUCCUUAGCUGAGGGCCUAGAGCUGGCAAAAACCAAUUUAACGGGCAAGGCCAAGCCUGCAGAGCAGAACCAAAGUCAAAUAAAAGCCCAUUUAUCAGAAGACCAUGGAAUGCACCACGUGUUAAGAAUCGAUGUGACACUUUCUCCAAGGGACCCCAAAGCUCCAGGCCAGUUUGGACGCCCAGUAGUUGUUCCUCAUGGAAAGGAGAAAGAGGCAAAGAGAAGAUGGAAAGAAGGAAACUUCAAUGUCUACCUUAGCGAUUUGAUCCCAGUGGACAGAGCCAUUGAGGACACAAGACCUGCUGGGUGUGCAGAACAGCUGGUUCACAAUAACCUCCCAACCACCAGUGUUAUCAUGUGCUUUGUGGAUGAAGUGUGGUCCACUCUCCUGAGGUCUGUUCAUAGUGUCCUCAAUCGCUCUCCUCCACACCUCAUCAAGGAGAUUCUGCUGGUGGAUGACUUCAGCACCAAAGACUACCUAAAAGAUAAUUUGGAUAGAUAUAUGUCUCAGUUUCCAAAAGUUCGGAUACUUCGCCUCAAAGAGAGACAUGGCUUAAUAAGAGCCAGGCUGGCAGGAGCACAGAAUGCAACAGGUGAUGUGUUGACAUUCUUAGAUUCUCACGUGGAAUGUAAUGUUGGUUGGUUGGAACCUCUCCUAGAAAGAGUUUAUUUAAGUAGAAAGAAAGUGGCCUGUCCAGUUAUCGAAGUCAUCAAUGAUAAGGACAUGAGUUACAUGACGGUGGACAACUUUCAAAGAGGCGUCUUUGUGUGGCCUAUGAACUUUGGCUGGAGAACAAUUCCUCCAGACGUCAUUGCAAAAAAUAGGAUUAAAGAAACUGAUGUAAUCAGGUGCCCCGUCAUGGCAGGUGGAUUAUUUUCUAUUGAUAAAAAUUACUUUUUUGAACUUGGAACGUAUGACCCUGGGCUUGAUGUGUGGGGUGGAGAAAAUAUGGAGCUCUCAUUCAAGGUGUGGAUGUGUGGUGGAGAAAUUGAGAUUAUUCCCUGUUCCCGAGUGGGCCACAUAUUCCGAAAUGACAAUCCGUAUACCUUCCCCAAAGACCGGAUGAAAACAGUGGAGCAGAACUUGGUGCGGGUUGCUGAGGUCUGGCUUGAUGAAUACAAGGAGCUGUUCUAUGGCCAUGGAGAUCACCUCAUAGAUCAAGGUUUAGAUGUCGGAAACCUCACCCAGCAAAGGGAGCUUCGAAGGAAACUGAAAUGCAAAAGCUUUAAAUGGUACUUGCAGAAUGUUUUUCCCGACUUGAAAGCUCCCAUUGUGAGAGCUGGUGGUGUGCUUAUUAAUGUGGCCUUGGGCAAAUGCAUUUCCAUUAAAAACACCACAACUAUUCUGGAAGACUGUGAUGCGAGCAGCAAGUUUCAACAAUUUACUUACACCUGGUUAAGACUUAUUAAACAUGGAGAAUGGUGUUUAGCUCCCAUUCCUGACAAAGGAACCCUAAGGCUGCACCCUUGUGAUAACAGAAACAAAGGACUAAAAUGGCUGCAUAAAUCAACAUCGGUCUUUCAUCCAGAACUGGUGAAUCACAUUGUUUUUGAAAACUAUCAUCAGUUGUUAUGCCUAGAAGGAAAUUUUCCUCAGAAGACCAUGAAGGCAGCUACUUGUGACCCAACGAAGCCAAAUCAAAAGUGGAAAUUUGAAAACUAUUACGAAGAUUGAAGAGGAACUGGUGCUUUUAUCUAGUAAACCUAUUAAAACCAAAAACCAAAUCCAUUUCUGUCAAGUCAAUUCCAAC